GUCAGAUGAUUAAAGAAUACGAUAUAUUCCAACGUGCAAGAGAGAUCGAAUUAAAGCAAGGAUUGACCGCUUAUGCUGAUUGUCAUAUUGAUUUCUAUAAAAAGGUUAUUUUGUUUAUGUGUUUAUUAUUUAAACUCCGUCCUAACCCUCUCUCUCUCUCCCUUCACCCUUUUAGAGCAUAUCCAUUUGGGAAAACAUUCUACCAGUCCUGGAUCAGCUUGAGGAUUGAUUGAAAUAAAUAAUAAAAAUUUUGUACAUAAAACAGGGAAGAAAAAGAUAUUUGGAUUUUGCCUUUUUUACCUCCUUUUCCUCUUUUUUUUUCUCUCUUAAAUAUUUGAAAUGGAUAAUAAUACAUCAAUUGAAAAGAUCAAGGAAGAUCCAUUUCUGUUCAAGGAAGAAGAUAACAUCAGUCAUGAUUCUCUGUUUGAACAACCGCCCACCACUCGAGCUGAAUUAUGGGGCUAUUACCUGUAUUACAAUGGUAACAAUGGAUACACCAUCUACAGUUAUAUGCCAAUCAUACUUCAGUAUCUCGCUUAUCGAGGAGGAUUCAAUCCAGAUACACCCACCGUAAGAGGCUGUGAUUUACAAGACACCUUUAAACCUUGUAACGUAAACUGGAUUCAUUCUCCUAGCGGAAUUCCAGUUCAAUCCAUGCUACUUUACGUGCAAGCCAUUGCCUUUUCCAUCCAAUUUUUGUUAUUCACAACUUUUAGUAGUCUGGCGGAUUACGGUCAAUGGAAUCGCUAUAUACUUUUGGCAGCCACCAUCAUUGGUUGCAUAUUUCAAGCCUUACCCAUAUUGCUGGUCAAUGAUGACGGUACACACUGGAAUUACAUGAUGGGUAUCAUGAGUAUAGCUCUUAUUUCAUAUGGCGCGUCACUAGUUUUUUAUUCUGCUGCAUUUCCAAAUCUAAGUGAUAAUCUGCCAAUUGUUAGGCAGUCAAAAUACGAUGAAUCACUAACGACGGAAGAAAAAGAUGGUGUGACAGAGAAAUGGCGAAACCAUAUCUCUGCUAUUUCUACCACUUUUUCCAAUAUUGGUUAUUUGGUUACUUCAGGUGUUUUAUCUGGUGUUUCAUUUUUACCAUGGGAAGGAAAAUAUGACUUUCCUGAAGGGGUCACGCAUGUAUUAGGUAAUGCGCCGCUUUAUAAUUACAUUGGCACAGUUGUAUGUGCUGGUUAUUGGGCUAUCAACGCACUUCCUUACUUUUGGCUGACACCGAAGGGAAGAAGGGGGCCUCCUUUACCUGCCAAUGCCAAUCAUUUCACAAUCGGUUGGAAAUCAAUAUUAGAAGCACUCCGAGAAGCGCGUAAACUUCGAUACUUGUUCAUGUAUAUAUUUGCUUACUUUAUGUUUUCCGAUGCGGUCUCAACCAUUGGACAGAUGACGACAAUUAUUCAGGGGGAACUCACUGGGUUUUCUGCACAACAAAUUACCAUUUUUAAUUUAGUCACAGCCAUCACCUCAAUCAUGGGUUGCUUGUUCUUUUUAUGGAUCUCGAAGAAGUUUCAAAUCAGGACAAAGACAAGUUUGUUAAUUAUUGUGGGUUUGACGGGUCUUGUGCCUGUCUGGGGAUGUUUUGGUAUCCACUUUGAUAACUUUGGCAUCAAGACACAUCGGGAAUUAUGGGUGCUGAAUAUUUGGCAAGGAUUGUUUACUGCUCCUAUUUGGGCAUGGCAGCAAACGAUGUUGGCUGAACUCGUGCCCAAAGGUAAAGAAAACCUCUUCUUUGGAUUAUUUGGUGUUGUCAAUAAGGCAUCCUCUUGGAUUGGACCUGUUGUUAUUGCUGCCAUCACGCAAUCCACAUCAAAUAUCUGGAAUGGCUGGCCAUUUAUCCUUGCCUUAUUCAUCAUUGCCACCAUCAUCAUUUGCUGUAUUGAUGUAGAUAAAGCUAAAUUAGAGUUAGUCGAGUAUGCAAAGACGGAUUAAAUAAUAAACAAUAAC